CACACAUUGCACACAGACUCCAGAACAGGACAGAGCUGUGAGUCAGACAGCCACAUGGAAGAGAAGAGCCUUACCUGUUUCACAGUCCCAGAGCCGACAGCUGUUAUCUGCAGAGCCAGUGAGCACGUGUCGUGUGUCCCCUUGGUCAGCAGUUAGGGAAUAUCAGCAUGUUUGCAGCCCCAAAAGCCAAUUAUCUAGAUACCCAGGGUGUAGUUAUACGCAAGAUGAAAAAGCUGUGUUACACUGAGAAAUUAUAGGGCUUGGGUAACUUCCAUUACAGGAGUGGCAAUGUUCCUGUACAAGCAGCAAGUUCAAGUGCUCCCAUUACAAAACCCACAACUUUCUUUUCAAGAUGACAAAGAAAAAGACUACUGCUCUAGCCUUGGCACAACUUUUGCAUGUUUUCACCUCUGCUACCUCCUGCCCACCUUGGAAAAGGAAAACCUUGUGCUACUCAGACACCUUUUUUGUGCUCCCAGGUUCACCUUAGCAAAAGCAAUGAAGCACAAACGCGAGCAGGUGGGAUGUGCAGCACACGUUGUUCCAAACAAUAGGAAGAAAAAGGAGCACAGAUACCCAAGAGAUGGCAUAAGGGAAAAUUAAAUGCACCGUAUGGUUGCUGUGCUCAGCACACUACAGCAGUUGAAAAAACCCAUCUGUGCUGAAUCACUUUAAGGAACAGGAGAGGACAAACUGGUUUCACCGUUCAAAGGAUACAGUCUGCAUCCACGCACCACACAGCUCCUGUGUGGCCAUUGUAGGUGCCCAGCCUUUCUCCGUUGACCGAAUACCAAACGUUGACGAUCUAAGAGAAGAUACAACUGCUCAAGCACCCCUCUCACCGCGCUGACCAAUUAAUUAGUCUCGUUAAUUAACCACCACUCCUUUAUCUCUCCACUCUUUCCCCCCAUCGCGCACAGGAGGGAUGGUUUCCCCCGCAGGCUCAGCCAUACUCACAGGAUCCUUGGCCACAGUGAAGAGCAGGUCUCCCUCGCGGUUGUACUUGAUCUGCGUGAUGGAACGCUCGUGGCCCUGAAGCAGGAUCGGCUUCUGCAUGUGGGGGUGAGGGAAGACGCCAUUUAACACUCAUGCCAAGCAAGGCCUUGGCCCCGGCAGGGGCUCCUGGACCGCUGUGGGGGCGGCAGGCUGCCAGCCGCCGUCAGCCCAAGAGCCCCGAUCGGGGCCCCGCAUCACCCAACCGCCCGCAGCACGGCCGGCCGGGCCCGCACCGCUCCCACUCUCACCAUGGCGGCGGCAGCGCUGCCGGAACCGAUGCGAGAGAAGAGAGGCGCGCCGUACCACUUCCGGGUCAGAGGGCGCGGGAAGACGGAAGUCCGUCGCUGUCGCUAUGGCGACCGCGGUACAUGGUGCCAUUCCUGCUGAACCAAUGUGGAUCACUCCUCUUCUACCUCACACUGGCAUCUGCAGAACUGUCCCUGGCAGUGCCACUCUGUAACUCCCUGGCUCUGGUAGUCACACUGGUGACUGGAAGGAUUCUGGGAGAGGAUAUUGGUGGUAAAAGGGCUGUGGCAGGGAUGCUGCUCACCCUCCUGGGAGUCACCCUGUGUGUAGCUGGUUCAUGACCAAGACACAGUGAGCAGAGGAAACCUGUUCAAAGCUAACCCAUGGCUGAAGAGGAGAGCUGCUGGCUCAGCAGCAGCACGUUUGGCUCAGCUGCCUCAAGAAAGCUGUUCUGACACAUGGCUGUCUGAAAGCAUGGAUCAAAUUCCCUGAGUACCAGAGUGGAACAAGACAUGUUGCAAGGACAUCCUAUUUAAUGUCUUAAGGAUUUUUUUUUUUUUUCCUGUGGGUGGUUCGAGGCAGGGAUGAUUGAAUUGCCUUGUUCAGCACUGGAGGGGUAAUAAUUGAUUAAUAAAUCACUGAAAUAGA